CAUUGGGAUUCAGAAAAGUUUCGUAGUUCAGCAUACAAACAUAAUUUUCAGCUGAGCUGCGAUGAAAGCAAUCUCUAUUUUACUGGCAAUAAUUGCCUUGGUACAGGCGACGAAAGGAAAAGACAACAAAGAUUUUUGGCACAAGCAAAAAUUUCUUUUUGAAAUUGUUUACCGCAUUGAGGACCCUUUGAUGUUUGAGGAAUACAUCAAAUUGGGUAAAACUUUCUCUUUCAACCAGGAUGACUAUGAGCUCCCGUCAGAAUAUAAAGGAUAUAUGGAUAAGUAUUAUGCAGCCUAUAUACAUGGAUCAACUCUGCCCAAAAAAGGAUUUUUCGGAGCAGUGGCAUACAAUCAAUUUGACGAAAUGUAUGGAUUAUUUGAAUUCUUGUACUAUGCCAAAACUUGGGAAAUUUUCCAACGUAAUGUCUGCUGGGCCCGCAUGCAUGCCAACGAAGGAAUGUUUGUACAAGCCCUAACAUUGGCCAUAAUACAUCGCGAUGACUUGCAGGGCUUGGUGCUACCAACCAUUUAUGAAAUUUUCCCUCAAUACUUUUUCAACAGGAAAUUUGUUUACAAUGCGGAAAAAUUCGAUUUUGAUGUGUGGAGAAAAAACAUCAUGUACGAGAAAAAAUACAAGGACAUAAUGUACAAGGAUUAUGUGCCUUAUUUCAAAAAAUUUGACAACUAUAAUUACUUCUAUACCAAAGAUUGGAAAAUGUGGCAGUGGUGGAAACUGAUGGGCCUGGGAGAGCGCUGGUAUGCCGAGGAACAUUCUAUGAUACGUGACAAUGUCGAGUAUUUUCAUCAAGAUUCCAAACAUUUGGCAGCGUUCAAAAAUGUUCGCAUGUUUUGGAUGCCCGUAGAUUAUACACGCGACAUUGAGAUCUACAAUGAGGAAUCAGAUUUAUCCUAUUUCACCGAAGAUUUGGAAUGGAAUGCUUUCUGGUAUUAUUUCAAUCUGGAUUAUGCACCCUUUUUGGAUGGUGAAGCAUUUGGUUUGAACAAAGAUCGGCGCGGAGAAUAUUAUGUGUACACCGUGCGUCAAAUACUUGCCCGCUAUUAUUUGGAACGUUUGUCCCAUGGCCAUGGUGAAAUUCCAGAAUUCUCAUUUUUCACUGAAAUCAAAACUGGUUAUAAUCCCCAAUUGAUACACAGCAAUGGCGUGGGAUUUUCGUAUAGGAAAAACUACUAUGAAUUUGCAACUCAUGGUAUUUUUGGAUAUUUGCAUAAAGUUGAGGACUUUUUUAAGAGCGUAGAAGGGAUUAUUACAAAAGGCUACUACACCACCAGUGAUGGCAAGGAAAUAUCUAUGCGUGAUCCAGAAGCUAUUGAAAUUAUUGGCAACCUAUUGCAGGGUAAUGUUGACAAUUAUGAUAAAUAUUUCGCCACUUUUUGGUACAUGUUUGCUCACAUGUAUGUUGCCAAUGUUGAUGCAAACAGCAAGUUUGUGUAUCCAAAUGUUUUUAUGAACUAUGAAACUAUGAUGCGUGAUCCAUUGUUCUAUAUGUUCUUCAAAAAACUUUCGAAUACUUUCAAUCGCUUCCAUAAUUUUAUCACACCCUAUAGCCAAGAAGAACUGCAUUUACCUGGUGUUAGCAUCGAAAAAGUUGAAGUUAGCGAUUUGGUGACCUAUUUCGAUCUAUAUGAUUUCGAUGUCACAAAUUUAUUAAAUGACAAAAUGAAUUUUGUGAAUGACACUUUUAUAUGGGACACAACUCUAUUGGCCCGACAAAUGCGCCUAAAUCAUAAGGAUUUUGAAUUCAAUAUUACCAUUAAAUCCGAAAAUAACCAAAAGGUGGUAAUACGUACCUACUAUGGCCCCAAAAAUGAUGAAUUUGGUCGUGUUAUAUCCCUAAAUGAGAAUCGUGAAAACUUUAUUGAAAUCGAUGAAUUCUAUUAUGAACUCAAGCCGGGACUCAACACUGUCCAACGCAACUCCAAGGAUUAUUUCUGGCUUACACAUGAUCGCAAAACCUAUACAGAAUUGUAUAAAUUCAUUGUAUCAGCAAUGGAAGACGAGCAUGAAGUGUCCAGAUAUUUCGUUGAACCACCUUGCGGAUUUCCUGAUCGUUUACUGUUACCACGUGGCUGGCAGAAAGGUAUGCCCAUGCAGUUUGUCGUCUUCGUCUAUGAAUUUAAUGGUACCGCUGAAGCCACCACUAAUUACGAUGCUGCCUUUUAUUGCGGUGCUGGUUCCGGUGUUCGUCGCAUUGAUAACAAACCAUAUGGAUACCCAUUUGAUCGUGAAAUCGAUGAACAUGCAUUUUUUGUACCCAAUAUUUUCUUCAGUGAUGUGAAAAUCUAUCACGAAGAUAUUUUCGAAAAAUUCUCCAAGCCGGAGGAGAAUAAAAAUUUUGGCAAAUUUGAUUACAGCUACUACCACAAGUUUUAAAAAAUAAAUUUUAAUUACAAUGUUUUAAUAAAAAUGUUUAGAAAACUUA